CCAAGCCCAGGGAAAGGAAAGGAGCGGCGGGGGAAGAGCGUUCCGGUUGGCUUUUGUUGGGUGGGUUUGUUUGUUUGGGUCCGCGCGGGCUUUCCUGCACAGGUUUGACCUUCAGUCCCCGGGCUUCAUCUCCGAUUCUCGCCCCCCCCCGCCUCCUCUCUCUUGCUCCAGCUGGGCGGGAGGAGCCCCGCCGCCUUGGCUCCCCAAGCUUCUUUGCGAGGAUUGCUGCUCUCUCUCUCUUUUCCUCUUCUUGCUUUCUCUCUUCCCCCCUCCUCCUUUUGCGACCGGAGGCGAGGAGACCUGGUGAAGACGAAGGCGACGGGAGGGAAGAAUCGCGCCCGAGAGAGAGAGAGGAAGGAAAAAAAAGUCAUUUAUCUCAUUUUUUAAUUUUUUUUUGGUGGAGGAGGAAAGAAAAAGAAAACAACGGCGCCCUGCAAAGGAUUCUCCAAAAAGGCCUGGGCCUCCGCCGGAUUGUGUAGGAUCGCUUCCCUGCUGCUCGGGAGGGCGCGCAAGGCAAGGAGCUGCUGCUGCUGCGGGGGACCCGUCUCGAUUGCCUUUGGAGGGUCCGCGUGGAGUCGCGGGGCUUCUCCUUGCGUCCUCGAACCCAGCCUUUCCCCCCUCCCGUUCCUCUUCCCUUUUGGAAGGAGCCUGGGAAAAGGGGAGGGGGAGCGAGGAGGUGGGGUGGGGGAAGCCUCUCGGCCUUCCUCCCUCGCUCUUCAUUCAUUUUGAUUCCGCAUUUUGCUUCUCUCUCUCCAGCUCCCAAGCCCCAAAGGGGGGAGAGAGAGGGGGGGGGAAAGGGCUGGCAACAAUAACAACAACAACAAUCCGAAUAAUAAUAUUGGGGUGAGUUCUUGAAGGCAGCUUCAGAAAAUUUUUUUUUUUGGCAAGAAAAAAAAUAUACAUCUCAGGCACCUCCAAAAAUCUACAUUUUAGCUUGGCUUUUUGGAACGUCUGACUUUGAAAACCGGGAUGUAAGAAGAGGCAUUAUCGUUCUUAUCAAGACGAAGAAUACGUUUUCGGGCGCCGAUUGCGCGCCGCUUUGUUUAUUUUUUUUUCCCCUGCGGUGCUCCGGACGCGCGCCCGCAGGAUUCCCCCCUCCCGUACCUCGGGUGUUUUUAUUUAUUUAAGAGGAGGGAGUUGAUCGAGGGUGUGUGUGUGUGUGUGUGGUGUUGUGGUGGUGGUGGGGAGAGGAGGGGGAGGGAGGAAGCGAGCGAGAAAGCCGAGCCCAGCCGAAAGGAAAGAUGGAAGUCGAAGAUGCGGACUGUUUGCUCCAACGUGGUGUUGUUCCCCCCUCUUGGCUCCUGCUGGAGGACGACUGCAGGCGUCGAGGCUGAGCCGAGCCCCAGCGACCUUUUUCCACCCUGCCCGACGAGGUGGCGGAGGCGGAGGAGGCGGUGGUGGAGGCGACUCCGAAGGCAAAGGGGGGGAGGCUGUUGUUUUGCAACCACCAAAACAACCUUUGGCUCUCCCUCCCUCCUCCCCCCCCCGCUCUCUCGGCUUCAUCCACGGGGGGGAACCGAGAAAUUGGGCUCCCAACGAGCAGAGGGGCAAAAUAUAUAUAUAUAUCAGCCCAUUUGGACUCCAUAGAUAGACAAGAGAGCGCUGUGUGUAUUUUCCUCUUUCCAAUCAAGACCUAGACCUUCUUCUCCUCCCCCCCCCUCCCCAAGCGCCACGAAAGACGCUUGGGUUUCCCCUCCCCAUACUUGUUAUUUACUAUUCUUAAUUUUUUUUUCUGGGGAGGGGGCCGAAAGAGUGGGGACUCAAACUUGAGGGGGGAGAGAUUGGCUUUUUUUUUUAAUUUAAAAAAGAGGAGAGGGCCCGUUUUGUUCCACAUCAAGAAGAAGAAAAAAGAGGGAAUGAAGUCCGGCGCUGGAGGAGGGUCCCUGACCUCAUACGGGGGACUCCUGCUUGUUUUGACCACGCUUUGCCUGUGGCCAGCAAAUGGAAAAGUUUGUGGGCCAAAUAUCGACAUUCGCAACAGUGUGAGUGAGCUGAGGCAGCUGGAGAACUGCACGGUAGUUGACGGAUUUCUCCGAAUUUUGUUGAUCCCCCAAGGAGAGGACUUCAGUGGCUUUCGCUUCCCGCAACUCACGAUGAUCACAGAUUACUUGCUGCUGUUCCGCGUGGCAGGCCUGGAGACCCUGAGCGACCUCUUCCCGAACCUCACCGUGAUCCGUGGCAAGAACCUCUUCUACAACUACGCGUUGGUCAUCUUCGAGAUGACCAACCUCAAAGAAAUUGGGCUGUACAACUUGAGGAACAUCACUCGGGGAGCCAUCCGGAUUGAGAAGAAUUCUGACUUGUGUUACCUCUCCACGGUGGACUGGUCUCUGAUCUUGGAUGCCGUCUCUAACAACUACAUUAUAGGGAAUAAACCGCCAAAAGAAUGUGGGGACUUGUGUCCUGGAACAGCAGAGGAAAAACCCCUAUGUGAGAAGACCUCCAUUAACAAUGAAUACAGCUACCGCUGCUGGACAUCCAACCACUGCCAGAAAAUGUGUUCCAGCGCUUGUGGGAAAUAUGCAUGCACAGACCAGAACGAAUGUUGCCACCCGGAGUGCUUGGGAAGUUGCACGGCGGCGAAUAACAGCUCUGCGUGUGUGGCGUGUCAGAACUACUUCCAUGACGGGACCUGCGUCCCCACCUGUCCACCCAACACCUACAAAUUUGAGGGCUGGCAAUGCAUCACCAAGGAGAAUUGCUCCAGAAUACCAACGUCGGAGUACGAGAGUUUUGUGAUCCAUGAGGACGAAUGCGUGCCCGAGUGUCCUCCGGGAUUUAUUCGCAAUGACACCCAAAGCAUGUUCUGCAGCCCUUGUGAAGGACCCUGCCCCAAAGUGUGUGCGGAUGAGAAGACCAUAACCAUUGACUCGGUCACGUCAGCACAGAUGCUGCAGGGGUGCACGGAAAUCCGAGGGAACCUGCUCAUCAAUAUCCGCCGUGGCAACAACAUUGCCUCAGAAUUGGAGAACUUUAUGGGCUUAAUAGAAACGGUGACUGGCUACGUCAAGAUCCGUCAUUCACACGCGCUGGUGUCUCUGUCUUUCUUGAAGAAUCUGAGAUACAUUAAUGGAGAAGAGCAGUUAGAAGGGAAUUACUCAUUUUAUGUCCUGGACAACCAAAACCUGCAACAGCUGUGGGACUGGAGCCAUCAUAACCUGACCAUCAAAGAGGGAAAGAUGUACUUUGCUUUUAACCCAAGGCUCUGUGUUUCCGAGAUUUACCGCAUGGAGGAGGUCACUGGAACCAAAGACCGACAAAGCAAAGGCGAUAUAAAUCCCAGGAACAAUGGAGAGAGAGCCUCUUGUGAAAGCUACAUUCUAAAAUUUGUUUCCAACACUACAAUGAAGAAUCGGAUCCUGCUGACAUGGGAACAGUAUCGCCCUAAAGACUACCGAGAUCUGAUUAGCUUCACUGUUUUUUAUAAAGAGGCACCUUUCAAGAAUGUGACGGAAUAUGACGGGCAGGACGCGUGUGGUUCCAACAGCUGGAACAUGGUUGAUGUGGACCUGCCUCCCAAUAAAGAGGACAAUCCAGGAAUUUUGCUGCAAGUGCUGAAGCCCUGGACCCAGUAUGCCAUUUAUGUCAAGGCUGUCAUGCUCACCAUGAUGGAGAACUACCACCAUGGAGCAAAGAGUGAGAUUGUCUACAUCCGAACUAACGCCGGAGUGCCAUCCAUUCCUCUGGACGUCAUCUCCGCAUCCAACUCUUCCUCUCAGCUCAUCGUGAAAUGGAACCCUCCCACCUACCCCAACGGUAACCUGUCGUACUACAUCGUACGGUGGCAGCAGCAGCCUCAGGACAGCUACCUUUACAGGCACAAUUACUGCUCUAAAGAUAAAGUCCCGAUUCGGCGAUACGCAGACGGGACCAUCGAUACCGAGGAAGCGACUGAACCCACCAAGCCGGAAGGUGGUGGGGGAGAGAAGGGGCAUUGCUGCGUGUGCCCAAAGACAGAGGCCGAGAAGCAGGCUGAGAAAGAGGAAGCGGAGUAUCGCAAAGUGUUUGAGAAUUUCCUCCACAACGCAAUCUUCUUGCCCAGGCCUGACCGGAAGCGGCGAGACUUGACCCAAGUUACCAAUACGACAUUUGCCAAUAAGAACAAGACGGUCACAGUCCCAGAACAUUCUGCCAAUGCUUCGGACACGGAGGAAGGAGAGACGGAGUUCCCCUUCUACGAAAGCAAAGUCGAAGGCCGGGAGCGGACGCUCAUCUCCCAUCUCUUGCCUUUCACCCUGUACCGUAUCGACAUCCACAGCUGUAAUCACGAAGCUGCGUCGUUGGGCUGUAGUGCUUCCAAUUUUGUCUUUGCAAGAACUAUGCCUGCAGAGGGAGGUGAUAACAUUCCAGGAGCAGUAACAUGGGAGGGGAAGGAGGAGAACACCAUCUACCUGAAAUGGCCAGAACCGGUUAAUCCCAAUGGAUUGAUUUUGAUGUAUGAAAUCAAGUAUGGACAAAAUGGAGAGGAGAAGCGAGAAUGUGUUUCCAGGCAGGAGUACAAGAAGCUUGGAGGAGCCAAACUGACACAUCUGAACCCUGGAAACUAUACUGUGAGAGUUCAAGCCACUUCUCUGGCUGGGAACGGAUCCUGGACUGAGCCGGUCUCCUUUUACGUCCAGCCUAAACCAGUGGACUAUGGGAAUUUCCUGCAUUUGAUCAUUGUUCUCCCCAUUGCGGUCCUGCUGGUUAUUGGAGGACUUCUCAUUAUGCUGUAUGUCUGUAACAAGAAGAGGAACAGCGACAGGCUCGGAAAUGGAGUACUUUAUGCCUCUGUGAACCCUGAAUAUUUCAGCGCUUCAGAUGUGUACGUACCAGAUGAAUGGGAAGUGCCCCGGGAAAAGAUCACCAUGUGCCGGGAAUUGGGGCAAGGCUCCUUUGGAAUGGUGUAUGAAGGGAUUGCGAAAGGUGUGGUUAAGGAUGAGCCAGAAACACGAGUGGCCAUCAAGACAGUCAAUGAAUCCGCAAGCAUGCGGGAACGGAUCGAGUUUUUGAAUGAAGCUUCAGUGAUGAAGGAGUUCAACUGCCACCAUGUCGUGAGGCUCCUGGGCGUUGUAUCUCAAGGACAGCCCACUCUGGUCAUUAUGGAACUCAUGACCCGGGGAGAUCUGAAGAGUUAUUUGCGGUCCCUUCGGCCAGAUACAGAGAAUAACCCAGCUCAGACUCUGCCGGCCCUGAAGAAGAUGAUUCAGAUGGCAGGCGAGAUUGCGGAUGGCAUGGCCUAUCUUAAUGCCAACAAGUUUGUCCACCGAGACCUUGCGGCAAGGAACUGCAUGGUGGCUGAGGACUUCACUGUGAAAAUUGGAGAUUUUGGCAUGACAAGAGAUAUUUAUGAGACCGAUUACUAUCGGAAAGGUGGAAAGGGGCUGCUGCCUGUUCGCUGGAUGUCCCCAGAGUCCCUGAAGGAUGGUGUAUUCACCACUCACUCGGACGUUUGGUCUUUUGGUGUUGUCUUGUGGGAGAUAGCCACGUUAGCCGAACAGCCUUACCAAGGCAUGUCCAACGAGCAAGUCCUUCGCUUCGUGAUGGAGGGCGGACUUCUGGAGAAGCCAGACAACUGUCCGGAUAUGCUUUUUGAACUGAUGCGCAUGUGCUGGCAGUACAACCCCAAGAUGAGGCCCUCCUUCCUGGAAAUCAUUGGGAGCAUUAAAGAUGAGCUCGAUCCAGCCUUCAAAGAGGUCUCCUUCUUCUACAGUGACGAGAACAAGCCUCCGGACACCGAAGAGCUGGAUCUGGAGACAGAGAACAUGGAGAGCAUUCCUUUAGACCCUUCCUCGACCCUCCAAUCUUCUGACAAACACUCAGGACAUAAAGCUGAGAACGGCCCCGGCAUGGUGGCUCUGCGGGCCAGUUUUGAGGAGAGGCAGCCGUACGCGCAUAUGAACGGGGGACGCAAGAAUGAACGCGCCUUGCCUUUGCCCCAGUCUUCAGCCUGCUGACCCUUUAGAAGCAAGUUUUUGCAAACACACAUGGGCGUGCACCGGGGGGGCUGGAGGGAAGAGAGCAAGCAAGCAAGCAAGACAAAUAACAAUAUAUUCAAAGCCUACUGUACCUCAGUGGAUCUUCAGAGCUGUCAUGGCUACACACCGGAGAAUCCUCUCUUCAAUUAGAAGUUGGAAAGCAGUUUUUUCCUUUUUUUUUUCAAUAUGCAAGCAGAAGAUUGUUUCAAGCAACAGACCUCUGUACAUGGGGAGCACAGUCAGCCUUCUGAAAACUACCGUUAACACUUAAUAGCAACAGAAAACUUGAGAAUCUGAUGUGCAUCUCCCCCUUCCUCUUCUUUCUCUCUGCUUCAUAAUGGGAAACAUAUCUGUGUGAAGUUCAACUGAACGGCACUUUUUUUAAAAUCACAUCAAUGAGAUUGCAAGCCAGCCGGCUCUCUUGUUCCCCCUUGCAAGCACCUGCCUAACACUGUAGCUUGUUAUAAAAACGAAACAGGAUUUAAAGGAAAACAGACUGGAUUUUUAAUAUUAUUCCUUAACCAUUUAGGAUCACAUAGAUUGGAAGGGCCAUUAUUUGUCCAAGGUUGUAACCAUUUUCAACGCUGCCAAAAAUUGCCAAAAAAAAAAAGAACUUUCUUUUAAGAAUUUUUUUUUUGUAGGCAUGAAAGGAGCAAAAUAAUCACAUGCUCCACAUAAGUGAAAUAGACCAAUACACUCCAAUCAUACACUGGCAUUUUAAAAAGAUAAAAUUGUCAGAUUUCUUUUGACUGGACAAAAACAUUUUUUUU